CAUAUAUUCUUUCCUUAUCUUUAAGAAAUUUCAAGGAAACAGAAGAGAUAACUCAGCAUCUGUUUGCCUGCAGAUGUAGUGUGUUUGCGUAUAUUUAAAGACUGUGAAUGAUUGCGCAACAGAAGGCAGGCAGCUCAUCAUGUGUGGGCUAUUACCCAAUUCAGGCAUUUGCAGGGUCUGUUUCAUGGUUUUCUUUUGGGCGGUGCACCGUGCGGUUAUUACCGAAUUAAAUGACCUAGUCAUGUAUUUGCAUUGACAUAAACAAGCUGAGCAGCUGCUAUAUUAUAAGCUGCUUACACCAGUGCUGACUCCGGACACAUGUGCGGCUCUCACUCUUCCUUCAGGAAAGAAAAGGGUUGUAAGAGACAUUUUUCAUGGGGAUUACCCAACCUGAUCUCAGUUAGAAGGUAAAUAUUUCUCUUGUAGUCAGUUGAAACAACCGGUGAUAUGCCUGAUGAAUUGGCAAUUAGAAAGCAAGUGCUCUGAGAGUUUGACCAUUCUGUGUACGGUUUCCUCUCAGGAGCGCAUGGGGUAUGUCGGGUGGCAUGCCCUUCAGUCAGGCCAAUGUCAAUGGCAGCUAAUAAUUGCUUCAACUGGCUGUUGAACAAGUGUAUUUUAUCACAAAACACAACGUACAAACCACCAUUAUAUGCCAAUUAUUUGCAUUUCAAUGCAGAUAAAUAAAUGCUCUGUGCAUUCACUUCCUACUGAACUCCUGCUGGUGUGUUCACGUAGUAGACUUCCUAGAUCUGUGAUUGGUCCAGUGUGUAUAACAGGUGCCUAGCGGCUUAAUCCAAUUGUACUUCUGCAGCAGUGCUUCUAGGAGAACGAGUCAGCUCGGAGCUUCACUGCAAUGAAGCAAAUCAUCUUCUUUGUUUUGGCCAUCAUGCUGCUCCCACAUGCACAAGGUGAGGAAGAGGAGGAUCAGCCAGAGACCAUGGAGGAGGUGGGCUUGGAGGAGGAGGACCUGCUGGAGUGUUUCCGCUGUGACCUGGGCUUCUGGGACGCCUGCUAUACCACCAGGGUCUACUGCAGCCCUGGGGAGAGGUGCUUCACUGGCCGCGGGAAGGCAGUGGACCUGCUGGACGUGAAGACGCUGGGCUGUGUGAAGACAGAGGAGUGCAGCGCCAAGACCAGCCUGGAGCUGUACCCCAACGCCACCCUCUACACCAUGACCAAGCACUGCUGCGACACCGCCUUCUGCAACGCGGCGCGCCCGGCGCGGCCCGUCGGCCUGUGCUCCUACCUGACGGGCCCCGCGCUCGGCCUCUGGUACCUCACAGGACCGCCCCCCAGACUGCACUAGCUCAUCUCUACAGCGAGCGUCCAAUGGACCAGCAUGAAGACUGUGCUCUGUUUCCCCGCCGACGGACUGCACAGCCAGAUGGUGAACCCCGGCUGUCUGUUCAAUGAGCGGCCUGACAGCCACCAUCGACUGGAUGAUGACUGAAGAUAAAUCAGUUGUCUUUGUUUAAUGUUAAAGCUCAAUAGCUGAAGGAGUGUUAAUGUAUUUAUUAUAAUAUUUUCACUAGUCUCACCAUUCCUUCCAGUAGGAAGGAGUCGUUUACCUAACCAUCAACUGCUGCUGUCAGAAACAGAAUAAAAGGCUGGAUCAAGUGCCAGAUGGUGGAAUGUGUUAUUAACGCAGUAUAAUUGAAUGCAGUGCCAGACUCACAGGCCACAAUCCAAUUCAUUUUAUUGGUUGUUUUUCUAAGAUGUCUUUCAUUGUACCAUAAAUAGUUUUAAACAUUUAUUGAAACUAGGUAUACAGUGUUAUUUUUAAUAGGAGGUAAAUAUUUGUAUGUAUGUCAUUAGAAAUAGAUCAUUUUCCUUAGAAAGCCAAUAAAGUUGAAUCUGAUGUUUCAUAAA